GAACCCCUAACCCCCUUCCCCCUUUCCCAUCUCACCUCACCUCCCCCUCCCUACUCUUCAGACGCAGAGAGACGCAGAGAGUUAUGCAGUCCUUCCGUGAGCGCAGCGGUGGUUACCACAGCAACCAACCCUGCUAUCAGCAGGAGCCUCAUGAAUUAUCCCGCCUUGAGACCUACCGGCAACACCCGCAUCAUCCCCACCCCCAGCACCCUCACCCAGGGCCAGGUCCACAUCCAGGCCCGGGCCCAGGGCACCCCAGGUCAGGCUAUGAGGCUCAUUCAUUGGCAAACCCUGGAGGACCAGGAACAGGAGGAGGGCCCAAGGACUGUUACAGCCAGCAAGCCUACUCUGGAUAUCCAGGCAACGGGGGAGGGAAUGGGAGUGGAAAUGGAGGCUCAGCACCAUCACAGGCGAAGAAAUCAUUUAGAGCAAGUAAAGUUCCCCCACCAAACCCUAGUCAGCAUCUGCAGGGUCCCGGGGGCUACAGCAACCACAUGGGACCUGGGAAUUACUCAACCCAGUAUAUGAGUGAGGGUCACCUCCAGCAGAAAUGGGAGGACCCAGCCCAGUUAGCACAGUAUGACCAGGAGAUGGUGGGGAGUAUGGAGGCUGGUAGUACUCCUGCACCUGGCUCUUCUCAGUACAUCGACCAGAACAUGCUAGGCCACUCUCAGACCCAGUGUCAUCAGCCCUCUACCCCUGCAUAUACCAGCCCCCACCACCAACCUCACCCUCCUAACCCUGCACCUUCCCCUCUCAUGUACCCCCAGAGUCACCUGCACUACCCCCAGCAUUCACCCUCUCCUUCGCCAUACAUGGAAAAGUGCAGCCCUAUGCCCCACUGUUAUAAAGGUUACAACAUGCCCCCCAGUUCCCAGUAUGGCAGACAAAUGAGCAGCCACAGCAAUCUGAAGCAGGGAGGUUACAGGUCAACCCAGAACAGUUACAGCUACCAGCAGCCUCCAUCCAGAGGUUAUGAGCAGCAGCCACCUUUACAGGCCAUGACCAACCCCCAGGAGCCCCACCCCAAAUACCAACACUAUAGCCAACCCCAACAAAACUACUGUCUGUCAGAGCUGUCUGUCAGAUCACCAGAACAGUAUUAUCAGACUUGUAGCCCCUCCUCGAGCCACUCCCCUGCACGCUCUGUAGGGCGCUCCCCCUCAUACAGCUCCACCCCUUCACCACUUAUGCCCAAUCCAGAGUCGUUCCAGUACGGUCAACCUCCCAUGACCCCUGGGGCCGCCUCCUCUUCUUCAUCCUCUUCAGCUGGUAUGCAGGAGCAAGCAAGCACCAACACCAUGUUGAUGCCCCCACGCUCACACCCCUCACCCAAUGUGCCGCAUGCAGCACCUCACAGUUAUACUACCACACCACAGGUCCCCACCAUGAAAGAACGCUUCUCAGAGAAGCUGUUGUCAAACCCCAGUUUAUGGAGCCUAAAUGCCCUCACCUCUCAGGUAGAGAACAUCUCUAAUAAUGUCCAGCAGUUGCUGCUUUCAGAGGCCCUGGUGGCCAAUAAGAAAAGCAGUAAGCGCAACAGUGGGGGGAGCAACAGCAGUGCAGGAAGUGGAGGAUCAAAAAAGGGUGAGGAAUACAAAAGUCCUCCAUAUCCAGAUGGUGUUAGUGGUAGCGUUGGUGGAGGCUCCAUGCAGGACCCUUACUCUACCCCACAGCACCAGCCAAUGUCCAUGGAACUCCAGGAGGGAGGCUACUCCAGCAGUAGUGAGGAGCAACUGGAGAGAGGCUACUACUACUGUGGUCAGGGCAGAAGUCCAGCACAGGCCCCCAAUAACAUGCAACUCAGCCUGGAUACAGCCUCUUCGUGUUCCAUGACAUCUCCAGAUGAUAUGUCCACCAGAUCUGGGGACUCAGGUCUCCACAACCUUACUCCUGAUCCUACUAGAUGUCAGUCAGGGCAGGGAGGGGAUGGCAUGAGUACUCCAGUGAAGAGCAUUGGUGAUGAGAGGUCCCCUACAAGCAUUACAAUCCCUAGUCCUCUGAAACAAGAAAGGGACACCCCAUCAGAUAUACACCAUAUCAAUGAGCCUGUCAAAGAAAACUUUGAAGAAUCAGCCUGGACAGAGAAAUCAGCUGACAAAGAGGAAGUGACAACAGAAAAAAACCCAGACCAUGAGAUAAGUUCAGACACAACUAAAUCUACAGAGAACCUGGAGAAAUGGUCAGAUGAAGAGAAAAGCCCAGCUCUCUACAGCAAAGUAAACAAAGUUGUGACAGAUAAAAGCUACUGCUAUAAGGAGACAGUGUAUCAAGAAGUCCAGAGCAAAUAUGACCCUGAUGGAAGAGACUCUGUUGAACAGUCCCCAGCAGCUCUCUCUGACUCUAGCCACAAAGAACACUUUGGCACAGAGAUGAAAUCCGAGGCAUUCAAAUCUGAGUCUCCAACUGCUUCUGAGAGCUCAGUGAAAACACUGCCUUUCAUUUCUAGAGGUGACCUUGAACAGGAUCAAUAUUCCACUGAGAAGGAGGAUAGCUCAGAGAACACCUCUCCAACCCCCCAAGUUGAGGCACUGGAUGAGAGCAACUCAGACAAGAGAGAGAGGAUGAAGGAGGAUGAAGAGGAGGGGGACGGAGAGGAGGAAGCUGAUGAAGAGGAAGAAGAUGAAAUAGAGAAAAAGCAACAUUCUCUUUCACCUCCUCUGUCUGCAGAGGUUAGGGAUGAACUGGGGGAUGGGGAGCAAAUGAGUCAGUCAUCGACUGAAGAGCACAUGAAUAAUAGAGAUGGGCCAGCGAAGCCUCCUGGAGAUCUCUGCAGUAGGACACAGAAUCAGAGCACUGAGCUCCAUACUGACAAUGAGUCUGCAGAGAGACCUGCCCGUCCAAAUGCAGCAGCGACAGAUGUUUCUGCAAGGGAAUCAGCCAUUGGUGACACUGCUCCUCAGCCUCAGUCUGCAAUGCCUGUCUUCUCAGCACUCAAUGAUAAGGCAGCGCCUCCCACUCCAGCCAGGGAUCAUAUUGAUCACAGUGAUGCUAAAGUGUUGGAGCCAGACUCUCCUCAGCUGCCAGGGAAGUCAAUACUUCCCUCAGCCCCCUCCUGGGCAGACACUCCACCCUCUCCAAAAAAAGGUGAUGAGGACAUGGAGCCAGGCAUCAGCUGUGCCAGUGCUGUGACCCCCUUAGCCAAGCCAGAGCCUGUAGUCCCAUCUGCUCAGCCAAGGGCAUUUGGACGUAAGCACGCUAGGGGCAGGAGAAGAAUCAUGCAUUCAGGAGUGGGAAUCAGGCGACAGCUAAGUUUAGAGCAGGAGGGGGAAAAGGAAGAGGAAGGAGCUCCCUCACCUACAGAGAAACCCUGCAUGCCCCCUAGCAAAACUGUGCUAUUCUCAGAUCAAAUGGACCUAGCUCAUCAGGAAUCUAUUGUGAGUCAGACUCCCAAAAUGUUAACUGAUGGUUUUCGUUCAAGAAUGUGCACACGCUCAUUCAAUGCCCCAGACUUGCCACCCAAAGUUGAGCCCCAUGUGAAGAGAAAACCAGGCCCAAAACCAGGUUCAAAACCUGGGCUCAAACCUGGGCCAAAGCCUGGACCAAAACCUGGGCCAAAACCCGGAGCAAAGCCAGGUCCAAAACCAGGGCCUAAACCUGGUCUUAAGCCAGGACCAAAGCCUGGGUCAAAGCCUGGACCUAAACCAGGACAAAAACCAGGACCAAAACCUGUGCCAAGUGAACCAGAGCUGCCACCGAAAAUCGAGACUCCUGUAAAGCGUAAACCAGGUCCCAAACCAGGUUCAAAAUCUGGGCCAAAACCAGGGCAAAAACCGGGAGCAAAACCUGGACCAAAACCUAGUCCAAAAUCAGCUCUAAAACCAGGUCCAAAACCAGGACCUAGGCCUGGGCCCAAACCUGCAGAUGUUUUGCCUCCUGUCGACACUACUCCCAUCAAGGCCCCAGUGGGUCGUCCCAGAGGCUCAUUUUCUAAAGCAAAGCUGAUACACCAAGAAGAAACCAUUCAACCUUUGACAGGACUGCAAAGCAGGGGCAGGAAAAGCCUAAAAACUACAACAUCACAAGAAAACCAGGAUGUAAAACCAGUCAUCCAGGAAGAAACACAAGCAAACCAUGAGGCAAAGAAGGAGGGUAAGAACAUGGUACUGAGAUCCAGAAAGCCUUCACAAGAAAAAUUGGCAAAAGAAAAAGAAAAAAUCAUAGAGGAAGAUAAUCUUCCCCAGGUAUUAACAGAAAUUAAAAGCAAAGAUGUUUCUCCAAAUGUAGAUGAGUCAGUUACUGUGGAACAAACUCUAACUGCCAUUCCUAAUGCAGUCAAAAACACAGAUGUUCUAACAGACCCACCUGCAUCACUUGCCUCACCAGUCCCGGCUGAGCAAUGUGAACAAAAGACUUCACCACCACUAAAAAGGAAACCUAGCUUAGAGCUUUCUACAACAUCAGUAAAGAAAAAGAGGGGACCAAAGCCCAAACCAAAACCUUUGCCACCCCAACCUCCCCUGCUGGAACAGGCUGUCUCUGCACCUAAAGACAAGGGCGUCAGGGUGCCCAGAAGAAAACGAGGACCACCCAAGAAAGCCUCUGUGGUCACUUCUCCACCCAAAGACACUCCUCCCAACAUCAGUGAAACUGACAUCACCAGUGAUGUGCCUGUGCUGCCUCCUCAAUGCCCCACUAAAACAAAAGUUCUCCCACCCCGGAAAGGCAGAGGACAGAAAUAUGAGGCCAUGGUGCAGAAAAUUACAUCUCCUAGCUCAAAGAAACACCUUCCAAUUCCUCAAAUAGACAGCAAUCUAACUGAUGAUGUGACAACCAAGGCUUUGUCUCCACAUGUUUUAAAGGAAGGUGAGACAUCAUCUACGCUCAUUAAUAGUACUGAGAUGAUAGAGGGAGAAGUGAAAAGCAUAGAGUCUAGACAUGAAGGAAUGAAACAAAGGAGGAAAGAGGAGAUGGCACAAGAAAGGGAAAAACAUGAGGUGAGUCAAGAUCUAUCAGUGUCAGAGGAGAUGAGACAAGGGGUAGAGGAAAACGUUAUAAAUAAGGAGGAAAUAAGACAAGAAAAUAUUAAACAAGAGACACAGCAGGAUGUCGGCGCUGACAAGUUUUGGAGCUCUGUGGAGGCCCCAGUAGAAAUCAGGGCUCCAGGAAAGUGGACACAACAGGGUUCUGAAGGUAUAUCUUCUGCUGCCACUAAGUCCACUAGAACUAAAAGGAAGAGAUGGGCAAUGGUGGAGAGUACAGAUGCGUCAGUAGUAGAAUUGGAAGCAGGUAGUCUAAUAAUUACAACACCGAGGCUAGCCAAGCAGAGAGCCAUUAAAAACAACCAUGAGAUGCACCUAAAGCAGAGGCGGAAGAAGAGAAAAAGCCAAGGCCCUCAUGAAGACACAGACACAGUUGAGGAGACAAAUGCUGAAAUUACAGAACAACAGGAUAAGUUAGAAGAGAAGGCAACCACCACAGAGUCCACGGUAUCUCCACCACUUAGCCCAGAUGAGAUCACAGAAUCCCCAAAGAUUACAAGCACAGAACUGAUACAGAAACCUCGGAGAGGCAGAAAACCAUCAGCAAAUCCAACCAAGAGAAAACAAGGCAAAGUCUUAUUACAACAGAUCCCUGGCAAGCCAUUGAAGGUGUACAAAAAGCCUGGGCCAAAACCUGGAAUGAAAGAUGCCAUUGAGGUUAUUGAGGCAGUAGUAAGGGCUGCAGGAUGUGAACGGGAUGAAAAAGAGGAGAGAGAAAAAGAAGAAAGGGAAAGAAGCGAAGAAGAAAAGAAGGAAAAACAGAAUACAUGUAUUGUGGGUCCUGUAGUGACAGUAUCAGAAAAACAGACUGAGACCAUUUCUGUGAAAAGAAUCAGGCGCAGACCAAUUCAUCAAAAUUCAAAACUGUCUUUCUGUCCUUAUGUACGGAUUAACAACUCUAGAGACUUUUCCUCUUGGUGUGCCGUAGUCAACAAGCCUGAGGAUGCAGUAAUAUUUCAGAGACGUAGAAAAAAGGGCAUACUCAGAAUGAGGAAUCCUUUCACAGUUGCGAAGGGAAUGCCACACACUGCCGCCAUGCUACAAGGACCCUUGGUGAAUAAAAAUCUAAUUGACAGGCGUCUUACAUGCAGCCUGUGUGGAAAGCCAGCAAAUCACAGAGACCUGGGUGAUUUGUGCGGACCCUACUACACAGAGGAUGGUAUUCCGCGAAAACUUCUGACUAUCAGGCAUACAGAAUCCCUCAGGGAAGAGUCAGACAAGACCAGAGUCAACAAAAGUAGCAGCAGUGAAGAACCAGGCAGUUCUUCAAAAAUGGAGAGUGAGGUAAGCACAGAAAAGGAGGGCAAUACAGAAGCAUCCACUCAAGUGGGCAGUAGCAGUAGACACCAUCACUGGCGCUACCGACGGGCAGAAAGAACAGAAAGAAUAGGUCAGGAGGGUGGUCCACGAAGGUUAACUCUCCGAGAGAGGUUCAGGAGGAUGAAGCAGCUCCAAGCCAUCAGCACAGGGGCCUCAAGUGACCAAGAGGGCAGUGACAGCAUGUUCCAAAGGCUACAAGUGGAGGCAGAGGCUAAGGAGCACUGGGCACAUGAAAACUGUGCCAUCUGGACCAAGGGGAUAAUUAUGGUAGCUGGGAGGUUAUAUGGACUGAAGGAGGCUGCCAACAAGUCGGCCCAAACGAGCUGCUACAAGUGCCAGAUUGUGGGGGCGUCCCUCAGCUGCUGUUGGAGAGGCUGCUCUCAUAAAUACCACUAUGUCUGCGCCAAAGAGAUAGGCUGCACAUUCCACGAGGAUGACUUCUCCAUCAAAUGUCCUAAACAUGAGGACCUGUAAAAUAUUCCAGUAAACCACCUCCACUACCAACACCACCUCAAGUCAAGCAUCACCUAUCCGGCAAGGCAAACAAAAAUGCUGUAUUAACAGCCACCUAUACCUAAAAAACACGGUGAUGACCAGUGGAGCUGUGAGCGGGGUGGGGGUGUUACAGGCUGUCCUGAGGUGAAGCUAGGAGCAAUACAUACCCUGGAGGGUGGCUCUGGAAGGAGUAGCUGCUCCCUGAACCAGACCUGGAAAUGUGUUUUCUCCACUGAGCCCCUUACUGGAAGGCAUCAGCACUGUUUAACAGGAGGAGAGACUGCGCUUUAGAGACUGUGUGCCCAGGGCCCAGCGCACGGAGGAGGGGGGGGGCUGUUUGAAAUGCAGAGCGAGGAGGGCGUGUGUGUGAGUGUGUGUGUUCUGCCUUCGGAUGGGUUGCUAUCAUAUUCAGACACCUGGCGGACACUGAUUGGACGAGUGUCCCUCUAGCCACCUUGUCUGUGGGCCAUGAGGUGUGUGUGCGUGUGUGUGUGUGUGUGUGUGAUAAUCAUACAGUUGUCAUUCCAUAGCCACAUCAUCGGUGUGUUUGUGCAUAUGUGUCUGUGCGAGUGAAGAAGUUCAUCUCCAAUUCAAGAUGUCACGCAUCAAAAAACAGCAGCCAACCACUGGAUGUACUAUCUCAACGUGUGCGUUUGUGUUUAAAACAAGAUGAAACAAAAAAGGAAACUGUACAUGAUGAUGUGCUUUACAGGUUCUACAUAUACCGAUAUUGAAGAGUUAAGAAAAAAUGGACGCAGUAUUUUAAUAUCAUGCUCUUAUCUUCGGAGAUGUAUUUUGAUGUGCAUUAUGACUAUACAACAUCAUUGCAUCACCCUUGGUAUAUGUCAGGCUUUGUGUUAUUCUGAAAUUAAAAAACAAAAAGGGGGGAAAAAAAGAAAAAAGAUAACUCUGUUUAAGAGUGUUACUCCAUUUCAGCUGUGUGCACAUUUAGUAUGUACAGCAAGACGCCACCAUCAUCACUUGACAGGUUGCAGAUCAGGGCCCCAAGGGCCCAGCCGGGAGUCAGGUCAUCUCAUGUCAUAUCUAUGUACAGUUCAGAAGUAUUACUGUUUAACAUUGCCAUGAUGUAUGAUUAUUUCACCUACCACAGCAGUGCAGAAAGAUAUACAUUCAACCCAGAGUUCAUAACACAACUGUUCGUUUGUGUAUCUCAAAUGUAGCCUCUUUCACUCUUCCAUGCUAUGUAAAAAUGCCCUGUACAGGGUGUCAAAGUACUGGUCAUAUCAAAAGGAGACAUAUUUAAGUAUUAGAGCAUAAAAGAAAGUGCAAAAAACGCCUCACCAAACUUUCUCUUUUAUGAAGUUCAUUAUUUAAUGGUGUAUAUAAGUAUUUGAUGCUGUUUAAAUGUAAGAUGUGAUGUACUAAUAUAAUUGUGUAUAGUAUUUCCUAGAGAUGUUUAUUUUCUAUAAAAUGGAAUAUGUUAUUGCUUAUAAAAUGUUAUUAAAAGAAUCCAUUGAUGAAAAAAAUGACCUUUUUGGGGAAUGUCACUUGUCUUAAGUUGGAGCAUGCCGUUUUAUUGAUUUUCAUGUCUCUUUGUUUGGAACUCGAUGACACAGCAUCACUUUGUUUGAAAUGUUUUUUGUAACGCCAAUGUUAAAUAUACCAGCACCUUUCAAUGCUGCUACAACCACUGCCUGCUCCUUUUGUCUUUACUGAACAUGCACUGACAUGAACACAAUAGAGACACAAUGUGGGUCAGCAUUAUU